AUGGUCUCGCAAUUUUCUCUCCAACGAAUCUCGCAAAUCCCAGCGGCGAAUCGCCAUCCUCCUUUUUCUUCUGCGGCGAGGGAUUCGCCUUGGGAAAGCGCGAUUGAUUCGCAGUCGACCUCGGAGUUCGGUCGGCAACAUCGGUACGACACCGACGUUCGGAAGGAGACGUGUGGUCAAACUUUGAAGUUAGAACGGACACGCGCGUGCCGAAAUUCGGCUUUAGACAGGUCGAUUGCGUCAGAAAUCAGGCUUCGGAAAGGUCAUCCGCGUCCGAAUUCCGCCUUCGUACAGGUAGCUCGCGUUCGAAAUCCGGCUUCGGACAAUCGUCGUUGA